AAAAAAAAAGAAAUAAAAAAUAAUACUUGGGUGCCUUGGUUGCUUAGGCAACACCUAGGCAAGUGCCUUGUCGCCUAAGCGCUUAGGCACCACCUUGUCACCUUGACAACUAUGGAAGAAUCAUAAUCCAGCCUAACUAAAACACUUAAUAACAAGUAAAAUAAGGAAAAAAGACUCUUAACUUAACUAAUCCCGUAUGCCUAGCCUCUACCUAUAUUAGAGGCCUAUUAAAGUGGUCCAUUACAAUGAAAACACAUGGGGAUCAAAGGCCUUACACAUACAUAACCCAACUCAAAGCUUGUUUCUAAUAAAAUAAGCCCAUUUUGGUUAUAUGUAUCUGCAUCACUAGAGUUCAUUUGUCGUCUUUUUGGAAAAUUAGGCUUUCUGUUUCUGUCAAUUUGUAAGGCUGAAUGUUUUCUUCUCAAUUUUUCUCACUGCCUUAUGGCAUUACGUGCCAGUACUUAAAUAGGUUCUGUUUACAUUGAUACAGAAAAAGAAGAGCUACAUUCACUUGGGUUUGUAUGCUUUUACCUGUUGUAGGUUGCGUUGGAUUACAUUGGGAAGAGAGGCUCGACAGUGGGUGUCACAAGGGAAAAGAGGAUUAAGUAUGCCAAAGAGAUCCUUCAGAAAGAAAUGCUUCCUCAUGUUGGUGUUGGAGAAUAUUGUGAAACGAAGAAGGCUUAUUAUUUUGGGUACAUCAUUCACAGGCUUCUACUAUGUGCACUUGGCCGGAGGGCAGAAGAUGAUAGGGAUCAUUAUGGCAACAAGAGGCUAGACCUUGCUGGACCUUUGCUUGGAGGCCUGUUUCGCAUGCUGUUCAGAAAGUUGACGAGGGAUGUUAGAGCAUAUGUUCAGAAGUGUGUUGAUAAUGGGAAGGAUGUUAACUUGCAAUUUGCUAUAAAAGCAAAAACAAUCACGAGUGGGCUUAAAUAUUCCCUUGCUACAGGGAACUGGGGACAAGCAAAUGCUGCUGGUACAAGAGCUGGAGUUUCACAGGUUUUGAACCGUUUGACAUAUGCAUCUACUCUGUCUCACUUGCGAAGGUUAAACUCUCCUAUUGGGCGUGAAGGGAAAUUGGCGAAACCUAGGCAAUUGCACAAUUCCCAUUGGGGGAUGAUGUGUCCUGCAGAAACUCCAGAAGGACAGGCUUGUGGACUUGUGAAGAAUUUGGCGCUAAUGGUGUACAUAACUGUGGGAUCAGCAGCCCAGCCCAUACUCGAGUUUUUGGAAGAGUGGAGUACAGAAAAUUUUGAGGAAAUAUCCCCUGCUGUUAUUCCACAAGCGACCAAAAUUUUUGUCAAUGGUUGCUGGGUUGGCAUUCAUCGUAAUCCUGAGCUUUUGGUGACGACGUUGAGAAAGCUAAGAAGACAGGUUGAUGUCAAUACUGAAGUUGGUGUUAUCCGAGAUAUUCGUUUGAAAGAGCUUCGACUUUAUACUGAUUAUGGCCGGUGUAGCCGUCCCUUGUUUAUUGUCGAUAAUCAAAGGCUACUUAUAAAGAAAAAAGAUGUCCGGUCGUUGCAACAAAGGGAAUCCCCAGAUGACGGCGGCUGGCAUGAUCUUGUGGCAAAAGGAUUCAUAGAGUAUAUAGACACAGAAGAAGAAGAGACUACUAUGAUUUCCAUGACUAUUAAUGAUCUUAUAACUGCAAGGCUCCAUCCUGAGGAAGCUUAUUCCGAAACUUAUACUCAUUGUGAAAUCCAUCCAUCGUUGAUUUUGGGCGUCUGUGCAUCUAUUAUUCCAUUUCCUGACCAUAACCAGUCCCCUCGUAAUACUUACCAGUCGGCAAUGGGCAAACAAGCCAUGGGGAUUUAUGUCACAAAUUACCAAUUGCGAAUGGAUACACUGGCCUAUGUGCUCUAUUACCCCCAGAAACCUCUUGUAACUACUCGUGCCAUGGAGCACUUACACUUCAGGCAGUUGCCAGCUGGAAUUAAUUCUAUCGUUGCUAUCUCUUGCUAUUCCGGAUAUAACCAAGAAGAUUCUGUUAUCAUGAACCAAUCUUCAAUUGACCGGGGAUUCUUCCGAUCAUUGUUCUUCCGGUCAUACAGGGAUGAGGAAAAGAAGAUGGGAACAUUAGUUAAGGAGGAUUUUGGGCGUCCAAACAGGGAAAAUACAAUGGGGAUGCGACAUGGAUCUUAUGAUAAAUUAGAUGAUGAUGGUCUUGCCCCUCCUGGCACAAGGGUCUCAGGUGAAGAUGUUAUUAUUGGAAAGACAACUCCAAUUGCUCAGGAUGAAUCUCAAGGGCAAGCUUCAAGGUACACACGCCGUGAUCAUAGCACAAGUCUAAGGCACAGUGAAAGUGGGAUGGUAGAUCAGGUUCUGUUGACAACAAAUGCUGAUGGUUUGAGGUUUGUGAAAGUACGAAUGAGGUCUGUCCGUAUACCUCAGAUUGGAGACAAGUUCAGCAGUCGGCAUGGUCAGAAGGGAACAGUUGGUAUGACAUACACUCAAGAAGACAUGCCAUGGACUGUGGAAGGAAUUUCCCCAGAUAUUAUUGUGAACCCACAUGCUAUUCCUUCUCGAAUGACAAUUGGCCAGCUCAUAGAGUGCAUUAUGGGGAAGGUUGCAGCUCACAUGGGGAAGGAGGGGGAUGCUACUCCUUUUACUGAUGUCACAGUGGACAAUAUCAGCAAAGCCCUCCACAAAUGUGGGUAUCAGAUGCGUGGUUUUGAGACCAUGUACAAUGGUCAUACAGGCCGGAGGCUGACUGCGAUGAUAUUCCUGGGUCCUACAUACUAUCAAAGACUGAAGCACAUGGUGGAUGAUAAGAUCCAUUCACGUGGGCGUGGUCCCGUGCAGAUUCUCACAAGGCAGCCUGCUGAAGGACGGUCUCGAGAUGGAGGUCUCCGAUUUGGGGAGAUGGAGCGAGAUUGUAUGAUUGCUCAUGGGGCUGCACAUUUUCUCAAAGAGCGGUUGUUUGACCAGAGUGAUGCCUAUAGAGUUCAUGUUUGUGAGCGUUGCGGGCUGAUUGCUAUUGCCAACCUAAAGAAGAACUCGUUUGAGUGUAGAGGUUGCAAGAACAAGACUGACAUUGUUCAGGUUCACAUACCUUAUGCGUGUAAGUUGCUUUUCCAAGAACUCAUGUCGAUGGCCAUUGCCCCGAGGAUGCUCACAAGUGAAUUGAAGACGAUCAAAGAUAAGAAGAAAGUUGUUUUGAACUGAUGCUGCAGUCUGAGGCAUGUAUUGGAUUUUCCAAUAUCAUGGCAUCAACAGUAAUGAUGAGCAACUAGUGCUGAAGUUAAUCUUUCAAGCUAGAAACUGAGAACAUUUAGAACCGUUGUUGAUACUGAAUAUGUUUGGAUAUGAGACAGGAAGUUGGAGAUAUGGGGUAGUCAUUUCAGUGAUCACCCCGUAAAAGAUGGAUAGAAUCCCUUCCCCUCCACUUACCCCUACUGAAGGAGUGGGGUAAAGAGUCAAAAGAAAAGGAACAAAAUGGAAAAAUAUUAGGGAAAAAAAAAUGAUGGGGAGAGUAGAUUUAUGCUUCAUUUUCUUUUCUUACCCUAUUUAAGACUGGGAUACCCUCUAGUCCUUUGGAUAUGUAAGACUGAGAUACCCUAUUUAAGAUGUUCUUUAUUUAUUUUCUUGCCCUUUCUAAGACUGGGAUACCCUCUAGUCCUUUGAUCCUUUGGAGGUACAUGUCUUGUUGGCAAUAGUGAGGAUUUCCUGCAUAACAUAAUAAUAUAUUGUUAGUGUUGGCUGUUGAGGUA